AUGGAUCGAUAUUUUAAGAAACUUUCUCCUAGUGUUGCUGCUUCAUCUUCGUCAGUUAAUGGACCUACACUUCUUCAACCUCAAGAGUCAUUGAAUGAAGAUAAACUUGAAGCUGAUCCAGAAAAUAUUCCAAGUGAUCCAGGGAAACGACCUGAUAUAAUGAGAUAUCCGUCAAACUCAAUAGAACGGGUGCAUAGAGCUUACUUACUUAAAGGUCCAUGUCAACCGCGCGAACAUGAUUUUCCUCCAAGAACUGAUGGAAAGCGACAACGUAAAUUUUUCGCGCAUUGGUUUGAUGAAUUCAAAGAUUGGUUGGAGUAUAGUAUUACAAAGGAUGCAGCAUAUUGUUUAUAUUGUUAUCUCUUCUCUAGACUCCAUGGAAAUGGACAUGACGCUUUUGUAUCUGGAGGAUUUACAGCCUGGCGCAAGAAAGAAAGUGAAGAGAUAGAUAAUGUUGUACUGAAAAAUGCUCCUGCAAACCUCAAACUGACAUCAUCGGAUAUUCAGAAAGACAUCAUUAAUGCAACUUCUGUUGAGACAACAAAACUUAUUGUAGAUGAUAUAGGAGACAACUCUUUCUCCAUAUUAGUCGAUGAGUGCCGAGAUGUUUCAUGUAAGCGCAGAGAUGUGCUACGAGAGAGUCAAAGAGUGAAGGUUGUUGAAGGGAUUGCAAGUGAUGAAAUUAAUAUCGGAAGAGGAUUAAAUCAAGAGAAAUCAUUGACACGACCUGGAGAUACUCGUUGGAGUUCGCAUUAUGGUACUCUCAUCAACUUGAUGCAUUUAUUUUCUUCUAUUAAUGAUGUUCUUGAGUAUGUUGAGGAGAAUGGUUAUGAGGAUGCACAUAGGGCUGAAGCUUUGGAUGUGCAAGAAAUUCUAAAUCAUUUUGAGUUUAUCUUUGUAUUGCAUCUUAUGAGGAAACUCUUGGGAAUUACACAUGAUCUCUCUCAAGUUCUACAAAAGAAGGAUCAAGACUUUGUUAAUGCUAUGAAUCUUGUCAAAGUAGCAAAAACACGUUUACAAGUAAUGAGGGAAAAAGGUUGGGAGGUUUUGCUUACUGAAGUUACAAAGUUUUGUAGAACAAAUGAGAUUGAUGUGCUUGAUAUGGAAGACGAGUGUGUAGUUAGAGGAGGAGGAAGGCGUAAAAUUGAGAAAAUAAAAAAUCUCCACCAUUAUCGAGUUGAGUUGUUUUGUUCAGUCAUUGAUAUGCAAGCUCAAGAGUUGAAUCACCGUUUUAAUGAAGUCAACACAGAUUUACUUCUGUGUAUGACAUGUUUUGAUCCUAAAGACUUAUUUUCUGCAUUUGAUUCAGAGAAGCUGCUUCGCCUUGCCAAGUAUUAUCCAUCUGAAUUUUCUGAAGUUACUUUGUAUGAGCUUGAAAGUCAGCUUGAUAACUUUAUUUUUGAUGUGCGCACAGAUGAGAUGAAAGGUACAUCAAUUGCUAUGGCCAUGGGAAUGCAUUUGCCAUUAGUUUCUGUAGGGGACAGAAUUUUCCCUGCAUUGUGCGGCAAUUUGAUUAUCUAA